CCGUCUGGCGCGCAGCCAUGGCAGGCGCCCGCCCUCCGGGUCUCUGCCGAGCCAGGGCAGAUCUCGCCUCGGCCUCAGCCCCGCGCGGGGCGCCUGGGCGCUCGAGGGGCGGCGGUGCUGUGGGGCGCGGCCAGUGGCUCCUUGCGCUGCUCUGGGCCGCUGGUGCCGACCCUGCCAUCGACGGGCCUUGGCUUGACGCUCUUGCCGACUGGUGCCCUCGGGAGUGGCCGCUCGGCUGUCGAGAGUGGGGCGGUCGAGGCCGCGGCUGGGCCCCGCCGCGUCGCCCGGGAUCGGGCGCGCGCGGGGCCGCCCGCGGCGGCGGCGACGCCUGCUCGGCCGAAGCGCGCCGCCGCGAUGGCCCCGCGCGCUGGCAAGCGCCGCGCCGCCCCAGCCGCUGCGCCCAGGGCCGUCGCCCGCGCCGUCCGCCAGAGCCACGCCAAGUCCGAGAGCGUCUCCGCCCAGACGGCCAGGGCCUGCGAGCAGCGACGCACAAGGGUGGUCCACUUCCACGGUCGCCCGCUGCCGCGCGACCAGGCCAAGCUCGACCCAAUCCUCGUGGCGUGCCUGACCGAGCCCUUCGACCGCGAGGCGGUCAGCGCGGGCCGCGUCAUGAUGGCGGCCGUCGCCUGCGGCCAGAACGCCAGCUUUGCCGCCGGCAAGACGAGCGCGCCGAGGUCCAAGCGCGCGCCGCAGGGCUGGUGCAAGGAGGGGCCCGAGCUGGCCCGCGAGCCGCGCCCGUGGAUCUCCCUCGCGCUCGUGGCCGAGCAGCUCGUGAAGGAGGGCGACGACGGCGUCGCGGCCGCGCGGGCCGCCGCGCUGAUGCAGGACGGCUACUUCAGGCCGUCGGAGGUGUUCAACAUCCACCUCAGCGACGUCGCCGACGUCUCGAAGCGCGGGCCGUUCGACGACGCCGCCAUCUUGCGCAUCGACGCUGGCCGCGCCUACCUGCGCGAGCUCGUGGAGGCCCUCCUCGCCGAGGCCGCCUCGGCCCCCUCGCCCAAGCUUUUCCCCUCGCUCUCGCUCGCGGAGUUCGAGGGGCUCUUCAAGGGCGCCGCCGCUGCAGACGAGCUCGAUCACGUGGAGCUGGCUCCGCGCAUGCUGCGCCGCGGCGGGCCCGGCGAGGGCGUCCUGACCGGCCGCCGCGCGCUCGCUCAGGUCCAGGAGCGCGGCCGCUGGGAGGCGCGGGCCUCGGCCUGCAAGUAUGCCGGGGGCGGCCGCGUCCUCGGCCAGGUCAGGAAGCUCGCUGCUGAGCAGCAGCGCCACGGCGCGGGUCUUCUUCGCAAGUUGCCGUUUCUUCUAGGCUUGUCCGUGCGCCGACCUUGCUGACGUUCAAGUUUGUGGACCCGCCCACCAUGCCCUCGCAUUCCAUUGCUUCGAGAUCUUUUGUUGCCCCUGAGGGGUCUCAGCCGACGUGUGCAGCCCUUGCUGCGCGUCAGCCUGCCGAUAUUCUCGCCGGUCUUCCGCUCCUUGCGUUCGGCCGCGUCGUCAGCGUCUCAGCUCGUGGCGAACGGUUUCGUGUUUCGGACUGCG